CUUUACCUGAAAGCACUCACAUGUACUCUCCCAUCCAAAUGCAAGCCCGAGCGGGCCUUGCUCAGCAAAAACAACCAUUCAUGCUUGCUCCCACAAGACCAGCUCUCCUCCUUUAUUGCAUUAACCCCAUAAUGAAGGUGACGGGUAGGCCUCUCCAGGGAGGGUGUCCCAUCCAGGAGGAGCCACCACCAAGAAGACCACCUCCCCUGUCUGCUUCCUCUCCAAAGCUUUUCACGCCCAGGCAGGUUCCCAAGGAGAGUAGGAGCACCUUUCUGGACACACAGGGAAGCAGUGGGAAGAAUGCCCUCUGCCCCAGUCUGAGCCACUCACUGGGCCAUGAGAGGCUCCAGAUGGCCUCAACCCGUGGCUAGGGCCGCCAGCGCGGCAAGGGUGGCCCGGGCUUGGCAGUUGACAGUUAGUCCCUCGAGACGUCGCUUAGCAACGCGGCGGGCAGAACGUUCAGGCGGAAGUGGCACCGCGGCCUCCCUCACUGCCUCUGCCCGACUGGGACCUGCUCCCACUGUUUCCCAUCACCCUGCUUUGCUGGACCCUGGCGGCAGCAGCCUCCCCUCCCUUUUGAACCCCCCCCGGGUUGCCGCUGUAGCAGGGCUCUCUGCCGCCGCCGCCAGCGAUGGAGGAUAACCCCCCUCCCCGCUCUUCCAAGCAGCCGCUGGCCGACUCCCACGAGACGGCCUCCGUCAAAAUGCUCGGCGACAUCAAGACGACACAGACCUCUCCGGCGGCCGCUCUGCACCCGGAGAGCAGCGACAUCAAGGAGGCCCCCCUUCUGAUGGCCGCCUCCCUCAACAAGCAGCUUGGCCCCCACGAGCACGCCUUCCCGCCAGCCACUCUCAACCUGCAACUGAGCCAGGUCCGGGACGGGCGCAGGCAGACCGCCCCCUACAUCCAGCCCAUGAACCUGUCCCCUCCCGCUUUCCCCAGCACCCAGAGCCGCCGCGGCACCAUGUUCCCGAUGCUCGUCUCCCGGGACUACGUGGUCUGGUCGCUCUUCAACUCCAUCUUCCUGAACUGCUGCUGCCUGGGCUUCUUCGCCCUCAUCUACUCCUUCCGGGCGCGGGACCGCAAGGUGAUGGGAGACGUGGAGCGGGCCAACGCCUUGGGCCGCAAAGCCAAAAACCUGAACACGGCCGCCUUGGUGGUGAGCACGUUCGCCCUGCUCUUCUGCGUCAUCUUUCUCGCUGCCACGCUCACGACUCACAGCAAGGCGGUGACUCAGCUCUGGAAAGCGUUUAUGGGGCCCCUGGUGAAGAAGACCACAGCCGCGCCAGCGUCACCCGCCACCAGCCACCACCCCGCAAGCCACGUCUGAUGAACCGCGGGCCCAGGAGAGCCUUCUCGGCAUUGCCUUGUCGGCGAACGUUGAUUGGCCUUUCUGGCGUAACGGCGCUUCUCUUCUCCACCUUGCACGUGCGCCCAAUUUCCACGCAGGAAAUUCCACGCAGCCCCAGACCGCUGGCACUUCUGGGGGACGGGGGGACAGAGGUUUCCACUCACCCCGGGCGCCCUGGGGCUGGCCUACUGGUAAACAAGUGGCAGGGAGGAUCGUCUGAAAGUACUGCAAGGUUCCCAGGGUUGGAGAGAAGACGCAGAAGCAAGACACAAACUACAGUUCUCUUCCCCCCCAGUUCUCCCCAAGUGAUUGGUUUCACGACCCUUCCACUCUCUAGAGCUGACAGGAAGCAUCAACCGUUCUCCCUUUCGUGCUGGUAUUUUGACAACAUUGCUCACUAAAGCGGUGUUUUAGUGUUUUGGAGGGGCCCCCCAUGUUGAAAUGUGAAGACGGGGGGGGGGGAACGCUGAGCAAAUAAAUGUUUUUCCUCCAAACACAAA